AUGGCGUCGCGCGACUACCCCGGCGAAUCCUCCACCGCUCCCACGGCGCCUCGCGGUAGCGCUGCGCCGGCUCAACCCUCAAUUAGCUCAGUCAUGGCUCAGCCGACCGCCUCUGACUCCUCACGGACGCCGACCGGGACCGCGAAGAAACGGAAGCAUCGCGGCGGCAAGAAGAGGAGGAGACGUCAGUCGUUCGCCGCACCACCAUCCGAAGACCAUACCGAUGUGCCGUCGGAUGCCAUGGGCACCGAGCGCCCCAGUCUCGCGGAUGUGACGAGCGAAGAGGCUGUACGGAGCAGCUUCUAUCGGCUGCGCAACAAGGCCAGCAACACCAGUCUGGAGAGCGAGGCACUCCUCGAUCACCGAGAUCAAGGCCCUCUUCAAACCCGCCGCCACAGCAUCAUGCAAAGCGGAUUCUACAGCCCACGCUCGAACCAGCCUUACAACCGAUCCUCGCCAAGCCACCGUCCAUCCACCGCCUUCCCUUUUCCUACAACCAAACGGUCCGAAGGAUCUCGCACAAAGCUGUCGCGAACAGAAAGGGCAGGAAUGGAGGACGAGGACAGCGCGGACGAUCAGACACCCUUGAUGGGGUCCAUCAAAAGGGAUAGCCCGCGAUUUGGGGGCUACGGGGGGCUGUCGUCUAUCGGCUCCCCUGCCAUCCGUUUCGCCGAUCGCGUCCGCCGCAGGUCGAGCGCCUCGUCCCACUCCAGCAGACGCAGGCGGACAGGGUCUCGACCGGGCACGAUCCAGCUGCCGAAACAAGAUGACUACGACGUCAACAACCCGCCCUCGGUGCCUGGCAGCCCUCGGUUGGAGUCGGACAUGGGAUUUGACGAUGUCAUGCUCACUGGCGAAAUCGACCGCGAGCGACGCAGUUCAGAGCGCGAGCCAGGCCCGCUUUCGCGCGAUGUGCUGAUCGAGAUUAACGAUGAGAGUGCUGUGCGCAGUGCCCACGGCUCAGCGCCGGGAUCGCCCCGGAACGUGUCCAGCCGCCUUGACGAGCACCCGGCCGAGCGGGAUGUGUGUUUCCCGCAGGAUUUGAUGUCUGAUAUUGGCCGCGAAGAAUAUAUUCACCCGACCGAAGGUCCCACUCGCACCCGCAGGAGGAGAAAGAAGCCGUGGCCGAACCUGUCAUCGCUUGAGGAGUGGGCCGCGCAGGAAAAGGAGCAACGCACUAUUGAGGGGAUCCGAGCGCGCAAGGUUAGCGAGCCCCUCUUUGUAGAUGGAAGGCUUCGCCCGCAGAAGAGAGCAUGGCACCGCGAGGACGACGAUGCGCCCUUCAGAUUCACAUAUUUCAACGAGGAAUUCCAGAGCACUCUGCACAGCCACACCCUGUCAGAGCUUUUGCAAGAGGGCCAAACAUUCCGGGACCUCUUCAUCCCCGAGCCUCCUAUUCUCUCUGACGAUAGCGAAGACGAGGACGAUGUUCCCAGCCAUGCCAAUGGAUUUGGGAGCAGGCUUGGUACAUCGCCAAACCCCGGGUCACUGGACAUGUCAAGGCAAACCUCACGGAUCAGCAACCCGAGAAACAAUUCAUCAGGCGAGACCACCGGGGAAGGUACACCAACACAGUUUGGCACGCCGAAAAAGACGAAGGAGAAACGCUAUGGCGCAAGGCCGGUGUUCUGGCUUGAUGUGUUGUCUCCCACGGAAGCUGAGAUGAAGGUUCUGACCCGAGCGUUUGGCAUCCAUCCUUUAACGCACGAGGACGUGAUGAUGCAAGAGCAACGCGAAAAGGUCGAGCUAUUCCACAACUAUUACUUUGUGAAUUAUCGUACAUUCGAACAGGACACCAAUAGCGACGACUACCUGGAGCCGGUGAACAUCUACUUCAUUGUCUUCAGGGAAGGUGUCAUCAGCAUUCACUUUUCCAUGACUCCUCACAUGGCCAAUGUCCGGCGUCGCAUCCGUCAGCUGCGCGAUUAUUUGAUUCUGAGUUCCGAUUGGAUCGCCUAUGCGAUUAUUGACGAUAUCACUGACGUCUACGCACCGCUGAUCCAGAGCAUCGAAGACGAGGUGGAUGACAUUGAUGAUCACAUACUUCGGAUGCAUACAUCAGGACAGGCGACCGAAGGUGGAGUGGACAGCAACAAGUUGAAGAGGAUGUUACGAGAUUUCGCAGACGAAAAGCAGUCGGAGCAUGGCGACGGGACAGCGGGUGACUCGGGCGGUAACAUGCUUCGGAGAGUCGGAGAGACGAGAAAGAAGGUGAUGGCGCUGUACAGGCUGCUCGGCAACAAGGCCGAUGUCAUCAAGGGAUUCGCCAAACGAUGCAACGAGCAGUGGGAGGUUGCACCCAAGACGGAGAUCGGAUUGUAUCUGGGCGACAUCCAGGACCACAUCGUUACGAUGACUGGCAACCUGAGCCACUACGAGAGCCUCCUUUCACGUGCGCACGGCAACUACCUUGCGCAGAUCAACAUCCGGAUGAACGAACGUGCGGAGCAGACCAACGAUGUGCUCGGCAAGCUGACAGUGCUGGGCACGAUCGUCCUGCCAAUGAACAUCAUCACGGGAAUGUGGGGCAUGAACGUCCAAGUGCCCGGCCAGGAGGUGGAGAAUCUUUAUUGGUUUUGGGCCAUCACGGCCUUCUUGAUCAUGUUCGGCAUCACAUGUUUCUUCAUCUGCAAAAGGUACCUGAACAUGCAAUUUCUCUAG